AUGUCCCUUCCGAAUGGUCCUGAUUCUGUAAUGGCGUCGCGAGUUGGAUCCGAAACACCGACGUCGUCGAACCUGAGCGCCUCAGAAGGUGGAGGUGGUCACGAGUCAAAGUCUGUGCCUGUCUUCCUUCCAGUUGGGGCUGCUGUUAGUGCGAAGUAUCGUGGCGCCUUUUGCGAAGCGUCAAUCGAAAGGGUGACCCUUAAUUAUCGUAUUCGAGUUCAGAUAAAGGAUAAGAAGGGCUGCGUCACCUUGGACAAAAACAACGUUCUCUCUGGCAAUAUCGAACCCAAUGCAGAAGUGUCUGUGCUCAUUAAAAGUGGAGAAUUUGCCUCACCUAGUCCACAGACUGCUUCGAUCGUUCGGAUUACUGAUCUCAGUCUUUACACAGUCGUUUUUGACGAUGGUGAUAAGCGCAGCCUAAAACGGACACAACUGGUACUGAAGGGCGAGCGCCACUUCAAGGAAAGCGAAAGCCUUGAUCGUCUUCCCUUGACGAAUCCCGAGCAGUUUAAGCAGCCUGUGAUUGAUCGUAAUAGGCGGUAUCAGUCUAGUCUGGAAGAUGAUGACGAUGGAGAUGAGGAAGAACCUUGUUCGCGACAUCCAGAUAGGUUGAAAGCAACAGUAGGUGAAGAAGGGGACGAAGAUAGAGGGGCGGAUGAGGGAGAAGAGGAGGAGGAAUCCACCACACUAGCAGAGAUUGCUUCUCUAGGAGACGAGGAAGCAGGGGCGGAUACAGCAGGAAGAAAGACGAAAAAAAUGUCAGCUGGUGGUAAUGGGCAAAAAUUGAGCACCACAGAUACCAUUUCAGUGCCAGCUUUUGCAGCAGCUAAAAGUGGAGACGAUUCCGCUGCAACUACUACCCCUCCUACCGUUUCUGGUGGUGCACAAGUCCAGAGUGACAGUUAUAAUCGCCUCCUUGGCUCUCUUGUAAUGAUCGACAUGCCUAUCAUUUCAAAAAACGAAUCCUCCCUCACCACAACCUCAGCUGCGGCUGCUUCCACACUAGCUGCAGCUCCGAGACGUCGAUAUACACCUGGAUUGGUCACUUUGCCCUCUGCCAUGCCGUCCAUUGAUCUUAAACCUCUCUCCUCUGCUCCCAAGGACACCGUCUUCCUGGUGAAGUCAUUCCGGGAAAAUCGAUUCUACGCCGUUCCGAGGUCCUACCUGGAACCCCUGUCUCGAGCUAAGGCUGUCAAAUUAGCACAUCGGAACCCUGGCUUACGGACAGCAUUUGAGAGGGCAAUUCUCUGGCUGGAUCGCCGUGAAUUGCCUGCUUCUUGGGGUUCCGACUUGGAUACCCUUCUUGGGCCUAACUGGCGAUCGGGGCCGCUCUCUGAUGAAGAUAAUACAGAGCCUUUAAAAUCUCGUCACCAUCAGUCUUCGGCGGUUCCAAAGAAGUCACGACGCCGACUUCGACAUCGAUCACUUUCUUCAUCUUCAGCUGACGCCUCUUCUUCUUCGUAUUCCACAUCCAAUUCGUCAUCUGUUUCUAGUGGUGCUUCAUCUAGUGAAGGCGAAGAUGCUAGUCCACCUCUCAAGAGGAAACAACGUCCUCCCAAACCCACCAAACGUCGUCAACAACGCCCCAGAAAGAUGUCCUUCAUAUCUAGAAGCUCUGCGGCGAGCAGCAGUGGUGGUGCAGAAGACAAAGUUGAGAGUAAUGAAGAGCCUGUUGAUGAUGAAGGGCGCAACAGCGAUGCCUCGACUAGCUCUGAUUCGCCAGAGUAUUUCGAGGAAAGGGACAGGUGGAUUGCAAAACUCUAUCGAUUCAUGGAUGCGCGUGGAACCCCUAUCAAUAAGGCGCCUAGUAUAGCUAAUAAGGACUUGGAUUUGUUCAAACUCUACAGAAAAGUUGAUCGCUUAGGUGGUUUUCAUCGCGUCACCUCCCAAUUGAAGUGGGCUGCGGUCUACUCGGAGAUGGACUUACCCCAUAGCUUCGCUGCUGGACCUAGAAGCCUUCAGACCGCCUUUAAAAAGUAUCUCUUUCCUAUCGAUGAUCUAUCGCGUAAGCUUGGAACCAGCUUGGAUGAAAUUCCCAUUCCUUUGCCUCGGAAAUCAAAAGCAACAGCAUCGUUAACUACCACUCCUGGUACUGUUGGCGAUCCCUCAAAUACGGGGCAGAAGUAUGGUUCAAAGACAUCAUCUGGAAAUGUCCAAACGACGAGAGCAUUGAGCAAAUCGGAAGAGACAAAGAAGGAGGCUGGCCAGCGUAGGGUCUCUGGGCCCAAGGAAGAGAAGCUCUUGAAGAUCGCGGAUUCUAGGACAAGGCUCUCAACUCCAUCUGUACCCGCGACAUCGACAUCCAGACCUCAAAAUUUCAUGACCUCAAAGAAGACUCCGCCUUCUGCAGACAUAACAAUGUCACAGGGAAAGGAGAAAAAGCUGUCGCAGGCAGCAUCGUCGAUUGUCUUUUCUUCCACUGACUUUGCCACUACAAAGAGUCGUAUUUCACGAAAAUCGGCUUCUCCUGAGCCAUCCUCCUCGAUAUCCUUGAAGAAGCCCACUACUUCAGGACAACGAUCCACCGGCGGUGGAGGUGGAGAAGGAUUUUUUGAAGAACCGCACAGCGCAAGCAGCAGUCCUGUUCUUCCCACUUUUGAAAAUGAACCCUUAGAUGGUAGUGAACCCAGCUGCCCUCAGUCUCCGAUUCCAGUUGGCACCAUGGUUCGUGUUCGUCAUAAGGGACACUCUUACAAAGCUAAGAUUGUUCAGCACGUCUACGAUUCAGUCCAACCAGCAUCGGUAGUGGAGGGAGGGAAGGAAAAUUUGACAAUGCCAACAGCAGUGCAUGGUCAGCCUCGUUAUCGCAUUCACUAUGCUGGGUGGAAUGCGCGGCAUGAUGAAGUAAUUGAUCGGGAGCGAAUCAUCUCGCUGAUAAGUUUUGUCAGACGCUCGCCCUCUUGUUCUACCCUUAAUCUCAUAGAUCCUGCUUCUUCGGCUUUCUCUGAAGAUAUUGAAACUGUGUCAGAUGGCGGAGGGAGGCAGGAGGGACAGAGACGUCUACAGAAACAGCGCGUGAGACAAACUCAGCAACAAAAAAGCAGUCGGCAGUCAAUAAAGCGGCCCCAUAGUUCGUCUACCACGUGUGAGAGCGACUCUGCAGCGGCAUCCACCUGCGUUAAAAAAUUUCAUAGAGCUGCAACCCCAGAUGAGGUCAAAUCCACUUCUAGCAAAAGGAAUUUUGGCGGGCUGACAGUGGACGCACAGCAAACGAAGAAGCGUCGUCUCCAAACGGAGAGUAAGUUUGCUGAAAACAAACUCAGUAGAGCAGAAAGUGAACCAACGCGUGGUGUUGGUCAGGUGACAGGGAAGCCGAUGGUAAAGUUGACAGCGUCGACAACAACCAACACACCGGCCACUACUACCAGUAUAGUCGAUGCUGCUACCUCACUGGCUCACUCGCCUAACUUGCUCAAGAAGGCUAUGUCUAGGGAGCCUGUAGAUUUGACAUCACCGACCUCAACCACAGUAGCGACGACAAAUGUGGUGACAUCAACGAAGUCAGCUUCCUCUAAGCUAGUUCUGGAGGAUAUCAGUUCUGAUGAGGAUGGUUUUCCUCCUCAGCAAAACUCUACCUCAGCUCGUCGUACUGCAAACGCUACAUCCAGUAUCUUGGAUUCUCAGCAUUCAUUAUCACCAACUUCGCUUCCGCCGCCGUCUUUUUCUCCACCGGUGAAGCGAGUCAAACAAGAACCGACUUCUUCGAAGGCUACAAAGACUGCUCAAGCCUCUGCAUCAUCUUCGUCGCCGAAAUCUACUAGGGCUACAAAGUUGACGUCAUUAUCAUCUGGAAGAGGAUCUUCGUCCAGGGUUGGAAGUUCUGUCUUCCGUCGUUCCACAUCCACCAAGAAGCCUGCUUUUGUAAAGCCCGAGGAAGGGGAAGGUGAAGAAAAACAGGUGGAACAACGGGAGGUAAAAAAGGAGGAGAAGGAGGUGGAGAUUCUUCACCCGGCCAAAGUCUCUCCAACACCUUUUUCAUCUCCAUCUACCGCCCUCUCGACUUCACCUCGUUCCUCUGAAGCUGUUGACAACCCCUCUCCAAUCCUCAAACCUCCGGCAGUCGUCCCUUCCUCGUCUUCCGAAGGAGAAGAUGAUAGGGGAAAAGACCUUCUCAUGGCUACAAACGAUGUGUUACCUCGGCUCACUCGUAGUCAGCAUCGUCUUAUUCUCGGUGACACUCCUCCCGGGGCUCAACUUCUCACCGCCACCGCAAAUCCAUCAACAACAGUUAAGAAGGAGGAGGAGGUGUCUACGGAAAUAGUAGACGUGAAGGAAAGAGACAAGGAAGUGGUAAUUGGUUCUACUAAGAAGCUGGAGAAAGAGAAGAAGACGUCUUCAAUUGGGGGGAAGAAAAUUGGGAUUCUGGCUGAGAAGAUUGCAUCCAAGAGGGUCCAAAAGUCGACGCUACCUUCGUUGCCAACUCCAAAGGCUUCGGCAUCGUCGCCACCGCCACCGGAACCUUCAACAUCUAGACUUUCUACUCAUCCCCCUUCACCCAUUGGCUCUGUCAUCUCCGAUUCUACAGAACCCAUGAGACUUUCUCCUCCUUCCGACAUGCUGCUCCCGGAAUGCAAAAUUACGGAUUCCGGAGCUGCUCUAAUACCCUCUGCCUCCACUGCUUUUGAGGGCUCUGGAUCUAGUAGUUCAACCCCCAUCCGAUCUAGCAGCGCUGAGGUAUCUGCAUUGGAAGAAGAAGAAGGGGAAGCAGAGGAAGAAGAAGAGGAAGAGGACACAGGUGUAUCGAAAUCACCUCUGCCACCCCCACGACCCUUUAGUGGACGCGGUAGGUCUCCACGUGGUACCUCUGGUCGAGGUAGUGGUGGAAGAAGACGAAAAAGAAAUGCCUCUUCAACGGUGAAUGCUUCUGUACCGAACGAUGAUGCUGAAUCUGUGGUGUCUUCAGCCUCCUCCGGUUUUCGGAGUAACAGAAGAGGUAUACGUGGACGUCGUGGAUCCGCCAACACGACCACUGCAGCAGCCGCGAGAUGCUCUUUACCCCCCCAAAGCUCUCCAGGUUCAGAGGGAAUGGCUAUUGCGGCAUCUGCGGCCAAUACUUCUGCACCUCCAACGCCGACGGUCCGUCGAUUUGGUGGUCCUUACUAUCCCAUUCCAAACCUGGAUUCCCUUCCUUCGGGCACUAGGUGUCUGGUUCUGCAACACCGUCUCAUGCAAAUAAUCGAGGCUUGGAGAUCCGCCAAGCAAAUGUUAAAGGCAGUGGAUCAGCGCGCUGCAGCAGUAACAGCAGGAUCGGCUUCAACUGCAAAUGCAUCCUCCGUAGGUCUUGGAACCGGCUGUGGUACUAGCGGUGGUGGUAGUGGUCGCGGUGGUGGCAUUGGCGGUGCAGCCAGGCGCGGUGGAGGCGGAUUCCGUGGGGGUCCUAGGCGACGACCGCCAUCGGUGAACUUGGUAGAAGAACCUCCGGCCUCUUCGGUAGCAGAGUGA